UGUUCCGACGGCGAACGGACGUGUGGCUUCGAAAGCGUGCCUGUGUAUACGCGCCGGUCGCACUUGCAGGAGAGUAUUGUGUGUGAAGUACCCCAGGUCGGGGUUCGCGCAUGAGCGUUUAAACAUCGGUUUGAAGUUUGUGCCGAUUUGGGAUUUCCGAUCGAUUUUUGAAUCGAAAGUUUUCGUACAAUUGCUGAAAGUGUAUCACCUGCGGGGUUUGUGAAAUAAUGUUGCUCAAACAGCUUGGCGAUGUGCUCCGGCGCACCGACAGCCAACGGUGCCACCGUGGGAUGGUGCAGUUGAGUCGUCACUUUGCCGCCGUUCCGCAGGCCGAACCGGUUGCACCGUCGCUCAAAACAGAAGUACCCGGACCGAAGUCGAAGGCUUUGCUGCAGCAGCUGAAUCAACUGCAGAAUGCCGGUUCGGUGCAGAUGUUUGUCGAUUACGACAAAUCGUUCGGCAACUAUGUGCAGGACGUCGAUGGGAAUGUACUGCUGGACAUCUACACCCAAAUUUCUUCCAUUCCACUUGGCUACAAUCACAAGGAGCUGCUGAAAGUGUUCCAGAACGAUCACAAUCUUUCCACGCUUAUUAAUCGCCCGGCUUUGGGCGUUUUCCCGGGCGAGGACUGGCCCAAUCGGCUGCAGAGUGUAUUGAUGUCGGUAGCGCCUGUUGGGUUGGAUCACGUGACGACGAUGAUGUGCGGUUCCUGUUCCAACGAAAAUGCGUUCAAGAAUAUUUUUAUUUGGUACCAGAAGAAGCAACGUGGAGAUGCGACCCCGUUCUCCGAGGCGGAAAUUCAAUCGUGCAUGAUUAACCAGGCUCCCGGUGCUCCGAAACUGAGCAUCCUCAGCUUCCACGGUGCCUUCCAUGGGCGCACACUCGGUUGCCUGUCGACGACGCACUCGAAGUAUAUCCACAAGAUCGAUGUGCCCUCGUUCGACUGGCCGAUCGCCCCGUUUCCGCAGUAUCGCUAUCCGCUGGAGGAGAAUGUACGCGAGAAUGCACAAGAGGAUGCCCGUUGUUUGGCCGAGGUGGAGCGAUUGAUCGAACAGUACGGCAAGCGUGGCGUUCCGGUGGCCGGCAUCAUAGUCGAGCCAAUCCAGAGCGAGGGAGGUGAUAAUGAGGCAUCGCCCGAGUUCUUCCAGCAACUGCAGCGCAUCGCCAAGGCACACGGAAGCGCCCUGCUGAUCGAUGAGGUGCAGACGGGUGGCGGUCCGACCGGUAAGAUCUGGUGCCACGAACAUUUCAAUCUGCCCAGCCCACCGGACGUGGUGACGUUCAGCAAGAAGAUGCAGCUCGGUGGAUACUACCAUGGGGCACACAUGAAACCGCCACAGCCGUACCGCGUGUUCAACACCUGGAUGGGCGAUCCGGGCAAGCUGCUGCUGCUCGAGGCGAUCCUUCGUGUGAUCAAGCAAGAGUCGCUGCUGGAGAACGUUCGCCGUACGGGUGACAAGCUGAAGCAGGGUCUGGUGCAAGCGGAACGCGACUUCCCACAUUUGCUGAGUGCGACUCGCGGACGGGGCACUUUCUUGGCGAUCAACUGUGCCACACCGAAGCUUCGUGACGACAUCGUUGGCGCGCUGAAGCAGAAAGGUGUUCUGUCCGGUGGUUGCGGUGACCUGAGCAUCCGUUUUCGGCCGGCUUUAAUCUUCGGCGAGAAGCACGUGGACAUCUUCCUGGACAAGUUCAACCAGGUGCUGAAGGAGGUGAAAUAAACAACUACCGCUGCUGGGAAGAUGAAGCGCACAAAUUUUCGAUAUUUUUGGGAUACACAAAAAAAACAUCAGCACAAACGGAAGAAACAAGGAAUGAACGAAAACUGCCAUGGAGUAGCAGCGAGGCGUACAAACGGCUAGGCCAUAACAAAAUACAGGCGAAUGACUGUGCGGGGCAAAAGUAAAGACACCAUUUGUCAUUCAUUAGCAUUCGCUAUGCUUCGUACAAAAACUGAAUGCACGUAAA